UCCAUAAACAUUUCUGUUGACUUUUCCGUGGUCUACGGCGUCAUCUUGUCCAUCUUGGUCGAGAUUUCCAAAUAAAUGCGACCCAAAGGAAAGGAUUGGAAGAUUUGCUUUUUAAAUGAAGCUUGAUUUCUGUCAUUGUUCCUGAUUUCGACGUGGCCAUAUUUGCGAUCGCGAUAAAGUAAAUCUUGUUCGUUUCUCUGUAACUGGACCAGUCACAAGACCGAGCAGCAGGAGCAAAUCGUUAAUCGUUCACCGGGACACAAAACCAGACGGGGCUGGGCCGGGCGGUCCGGGAGUGAAUGGCCAAUGGCUCUACAGCAGUUGCUAGGCUGUUUGGAUCAGAUAUGUGGGACGAUAGGUGAACGGCAUGAGAACCAAAUAUUCCUCAGGAAUCUACUGAACAACAAGGAACUAGCAGCUCUUUGUCAGGCUCACUCAGUCAUUGAAGAUUUUGAUGAAUGGAAGUAUCCCCCAGCCGAUAACAAUGCAUUUCAAAUGCUAUAUGAGGUCUGUGAAGAGCUGCAGGACUUUGUCAACAUGCCCGAGGUCAUGGAACUCUGCUGCCUGCUCACAAGAGCCCACAUGAGGGCAGUGUUUGACAUCCAUGAUCAGAUCGCCAACAAGGACUAUGUACCAGAGCUUCCCCCAGAGUUCCCAGCUGAUAUCACUCCCUUAUGUAGUGACGAUGAAGAAGCAGGAGUCAAGAUAGUCAAACUUGUCAAGAGUGUCGAACCUCUGGGAGCUACAAUCAAAUAUGAUCCAAAGACUGGAAUGAUUGUGAUUGCCAGGGUGAUGCAUGGAGGAGCAGCAGAUAGGAGUGGUUUGAUCCACGUCGGUGACAAGGUUCAGGAGGUGAACGGGAUACCUGUGAAGGGGAGAGACCCAGAGGAAGUGACCCAUUUCUUGGCUUCCUUGGACGGAUCCAUCACAUUCAAGUUAAUACCAGCUGAUAAUGAUACAAAGAAGAUCGCACACAAUAGUCAGCAGAGCCAACAAGUCACUACCACACCCCUACCUCCCUUUGGAGCCUCUGUUGCAUCCGGCUUCUUGAUGGAAGACUUCACAGGGGCUGGUGAUCCUGGAAAGGUGAAGAUGAGAGCUCACUUUGACUACGACCCGUACAAGGAUGAACUGAACCCGUGUCCGGAUGCUAGUAUAUCAUUCAGGAAAGGUGAUAUACUUCAGAUAGUAGACCAAGGCGAUCCACAUUGGUGGCAAGCCAAGAAGAUAGGAGAGAAAGGAUUACGGGCUGGACUCAUUCCUGGUAGACAACUCCAAGAAAGGAGGUUAUCUAAUCAGCGUUCCAUCAUAAACGGAAGUCUCGGCAGCAAUUCAUCUUUAGAUUUAUCGUUCAAGAAGAGUAGUGUAAGAAUCAAUGUAAGAAGUAGCUUCAGAACAAACAAAAGAAAGGUCAAGAAGGUCAUGUAUCAUGCUAAACAAAAUGAAGAUUAUGACAAUGAAGAAGUAUUGACAUAUGAAGAGGUAGCAUUAUACAAACCACCUGCAUCAAGACCAAGGCCUAUUGUUCUUAUUGGUCCUCCUGGUGUUGGUCGCAAUGAAUUAAAGCGGAGGCUCAUUGCGUGUGACCCAGAUACCUUUGGCAGUGCAAUUCCCCACACAUCCCGCCCUAAACGUAUCAUGGAGGAAGAUGGGAUGGAGUAUUAUUUUGUUUCCAGGGAGGUGAUGGAUAAAGCAGUAGAAUCAAACCGCCUCAUAGAGUAUGGGGAGUACAAAGGUCAUAUGUAUGGCACCAGUAUCCUAGCAACCAAGAGGGUCAUUGAUGAGGGUCAAACGUGUCUUCUCUGUGUUCAUCCUCAGGCCUUGAGGAUCUUAAAGCAGUCUGAGCUGAAACCCUAUGUAAUAUACAUCAAGCCUCCGUCAAUAGAUGUCCUGAGAGCUACAAGAAUGUCCCGUAAAGCUAUGGUCACCAUGAAAAAAUCACACACAAGACCGUUUGCAGAUGAAGACCUUGUGAAUAUGGUGCAGGUCGGGAAGCGAGUGGAAGCAAUGUACCAGCAUUAUUUUGAUUACACCAUCACCAACGACAACCUUCAACGCACCUUCAUGGAACUGAAAUCGGUCAUCACCCGAGUACAGACGCAGGAGCAGUGGGUCCCUAGCAAGUGGUUGAGAUAGACUUGAUAAUCCUCAGACCAUCAGAUGGUCUUGUUUUCACAUGGUCACAGUGGACUGCAUUUCAGUUAUAAUUGCACAGAUUGUAAGCAGAGACAAGCGCUUCGGUAUUACUUGCCCGGACUACAUACAUGAGGCCACUGGACCAUGUACUUCAUACCAGUGACUUUGACAGAAGUCAAGGCUGGCAAAGUGACCUUGUGGAUGGCCUAGGUUUGUUCCCAGAUAAAGAAGACUAAUAUGAUUAUGCUUGCACCAAUCUAACAGACAGAUUUAACAGAACUGAAGGACCAAGUCUUUGUUCCAAGAAUAUCCCAAGGACCAUUCAUAUCAACUUGUAUUCAAGAAUCAUGAAGACAAGUGUAUGCACUUUCUUAUUCUGUUUUGGGAAAUUUCUGUAGUGUGCUCUUUUUGUAUAUUCAUAGUCAGUUCAUAUGCCCUAAUAGGACCAAUUAGAUUAUGAUGUGAUGAAUUGUCAUCUGAAACCUAUCCAUGGAUUCAAAGACAUAUUUGUCACCAUUUUCAAUGAGUUCUUUUCUAAGCAGUAGCAGCAGAAUUCUAAGUUGGUAUACAUGUUAUCCAUGAAUAAAUGGCAUUGAAAUAUUGCUAUUAGGGAUUUAUAUCUGCAAGAUACUACAGAUCUCUAGCAAUGUUACAAGAGUGGUGUCCGUCAUCUCAUGUUGUCUUUGCUGCAUGCAGGAUUUCAGAGCGGCUUUCGUACCAAUCUCCCUUUGACUGAAGAUGAGAGGAAGGGGAGGAGUAAAGGGGAGAAGGAAAAAGUGAAUUCUAG